AUAAACAAGAAAUUAACAAUAAGGUUGAUGAUAAUAACAUGAAUACCAAUGCUGAUCAACACGAUAUGGAAGAGACAGGUAAUCGUAGGCGCGUAAAGCGAGUUAUCCUAAGUGACUCGGAAGAAAGUGACAAUGAUGAGACCAGCAGCCCCAGAUUAAGGCUAGGCAGUCCAGGCCUGCAUAAAUCAAUGGCGAGCAAACCAAAGCCAAAAGAAAAAAAUGAUUAUGUUGUAGAAGAAGCUGAAGAAGAAGAGGAUGAGUUCUUUGGGAUGGGUGGACCUGAUAUAGAAGAGACCGAGGAUCUGGAUCAAUAUGAACAGGAUGGUGUUCUUGUUGAACAUAAUGAAGACACAGAAAAUGUAGACGAUGCCACGCUUAGGGCAAUGUUCAAUCAACAGGAUGCUGAAUCUGAUAAAAAUAUGGUAGAACGUCUGAUAAAGGAUAUCACAAGUGGUGGCCUGAGAAAAAGAAAGGCUGCCCUGGAGGAAGGUUUUAUGUUUGAUGAUCUCGAUCUCUAUGACGACGACGAUGAUGAUUUAGCAGCCAUAAGAAGGGCUGCUGCUGCCAAGAGACGUAAAAUGCUACAAGAAAAUGGGGAUGCACUGGAAGCAUUAGGUAACGAUUUACACUAGUUGCUUCUCUAUAUAUUCACAUUGUACUGAUCUCUUUUUAUACAAAUAGCACAAAACCCAAAGACUGCAGCAUUUGCUAAAGCUGCUAAAGC